AUGGCUCAAACGAACAUGCACCGCGCAAAUCAACAUGCCCGCAUCAAACGGGAACCCGGUUAUCAGCCACCCGGCCAUCAACUGCCCAGGGACGAGGAGGACGACAACUUGACGGUGGACUUUGCACCCUCAGAAGUGGAGAGACGCAUGCAGCGGUCAGAUGCCCCUAGCGUGGACACCAGACUUGCGCCUGGCGCGUCAGUCAUUGGCGACAUGGAGGUCGACAGUGAAGACCAGGAUGAUGAUGAAUGCAUGCUGAUGGAAGUGAAGACCAAGAGCGAAAUCGUGGAGCAGGACCUUCCUACGCCCAGGAGCUUCGCCAACAUGGAUCGCUCUUUUGUCGGCCCUGGCCAAGCACUCAAGGAUUUUGGCCAAGAACUCAAGGAUAUCAACGAUGCCUUGGGCGAGCUCCAAGCAAGAGGCAUUCAACAUGUCGUCAGUCUUCCCGAACUUGUCCUUGUUGGCGACCAGUCUUCCGGAAAGUCGAGUUUGAUGUCAGCAAUCGCCGGUCUCAGCCUUCCCAGGAGCAGUGGAACCUGCACUAGAUGCCCCAUUCAUAUUCGCAUCUCUCGCGCCGACGAGUGGUCUUGUCGAGUAUUCCUCAAGGAGGACUAUGAAUUUGUCCCCCGCAACCAUCCUAUCACUCUCCAAGAUGUCACCAACAGCGACAGGUUCCCACCGUGGGUGAAACUCGAUCCCAGCCACCAGACUCGGAAGGAGUUCAAGACAAUCCGGGAUCGCUUCGAUGCCGAAGAGAUUGAGACCCUUCUCCGCUGUGCUCAGGUAGCCAUCCUCAACCCCGGCACGCCCUAUCGCUUUUUCGUCCCUCGUCUCAAGAAUGAGAGUGUGCAAUCAGACGCCACUCGUCGUGAGCAUAUGGAUCGCAUCAAGGAAAAAGAGGCCCAUGGAGAGGCACAGUUCUCGCCCAACACAGUCGCCCUCGAGGUAAAGGGCCCAGAUCUGGCCGACCUCAACUUCUACGACCUACCUGGUGUCUUUAUCACGGCCAAGCGCCCCGAGGACAGGUUCUUGGAGAGAGUCGUCCGCAACCUAACGUGCGAGUAUAUCUCCCGCCAGAAUGCGAUCAUCCUCUGGGCUGUGCCCAUGAACCUGGAUGCCGAGAACAGCUUCGCGUUUAAGCUGAUCCAAGAGAUGAACGCGGAAGAUCGCUGCGUGGGAGUCAUGACGAAGGCCGAUCUUUUGCCUAGGGAAUUGAACGGCUUUUCCUCUUGGUUGUCGAUGCUCAAUGAGCAAGCUCAUCGGACGGGCCUGGGAUAUUUCAUUACUUCUCGCCAGGGUAGUGAUCUGGACGAGCAGAACAAGUUCGAAGAGGCCUUCUUCAACAGGACUGCGGACUCCGCGUCAAUGGGCCAGUGGCCUGAGAUCUUCGAGAAAUACCGUGAUAGGUGCGGUAUUGAAAAGCUGAAGGAGUUCUUGUCUCUCACGCUUGGUCGGGAAUUCUCCAAGGUUCUCCCCGAGGUCAAGCAAAAGGUACACCACCGUCUCCUCAGAAUCGAGGAGCAGCUCGAAAAGUACCCCAAUCCCCCCCCGAAUCCCGAGAUGGAAAUCAUGCGUAGUCUGGCAGAAUUCGCGACCAAUUUCAAAACCCGCGUGCUCCAACAGGAGUUCAUGAGCCAGUGGGACUGCCUGUUCGCCGAACCCUUCAAAAAGCGAAUCCUCGGUAGCAAGCCGAAGUUCAACGUCAAGGAGCCGGACGUGAUAACCAUUGAUGGUAACAGCCCAAUGCCCAGUCCUGCUCCGCUGGGUCAAACCCCCAGAAAGAGGUCGCUCGCGCAAGACAUCAACAUGACGCCGUCGAAGCGUCGCGGCCAGAUCAAGGCCGAAGAGAGCGACCGCAUGAUCAUGUCUCCCUCGACUUCUGCGGCCAUGCGGGGUACUCCAGGACCUGGAAACUUUCCCUUCUCUCCAGGACCUGGCGGCGGCUCGGCUCCCCGCUCCAAAAACCUGAGGGAGCUUCGUACAAUCAUUAGGCGGAGUGCUAUACCCGGUCAGCCCGGGCUGGUGUCGGCCUCCGUCUACGAGCCGCUGUACACUGAGGCGGCCAGAACCUGGGGUCCUCACCUCGAGAACUUUGUCAAUCAGACGAUCCAGUUCCUUCAAAACGAGGUCAUGGAAAUUCUCGACAAUGCCUUUUCCAACUUGAAGAACCGUAUGGUCUACCGCGAGUCCGUGGAGCACAUGAAGGCUUUCAUGGAGAAGCACAAGGAGGAAGUUCGCAACCAGCUGAACCUCAUCUACAAUCUCGAGACUCAACGCAUUUUCACGAAGGACGAGGACGCCCUCCAACGCAACAAGGCAGCCGAGAAACGCAUCCUUGAGCGUCACCGCCACUUCCUUCGCAUGGCCGUGCGAACCGGCGAGUCCCCAGCAAUCCGUAAGAUGGAGGAGCUGACGGAGGAGGAGCUGGCGCAGGAACAGGCGAGAAUGGCCAAAGAAAUCAAGCUCAUCGGCCCGGAUCCGUACGACCAAGAGAUCACAGUUGCCGCUUACGUGCGAGGCUACUACUUGACGGCAGCCAGCCGGUUCAUUGACAUUGUAUCCAUUCACAUCAUGUCCGGCCUUUUGCCUCGGGUCGCCUCCGUGAUCGACACCUACCUCCACGAGAAGCUGGGCCUGUAUAGUCGCACCACCGGCACCGGACCCGAGAUCUUCAACAGGCUGAUGAGCGAGGGUCCUGAGACCGAGCGCAAGCGCAGGAUGCUGAAGGUCGAAAAGGAGCGACUCGAUCAGGCCAUGGAGAUCAUUGUCAACUUGGAGAAUAGAGAGCAGAUGGCGACUGCUACGGCUGCUAAUUUUCAGGCGACUAUGGUGGGCAUGAGUCAGGGUCAGAACAGACCGGACCUGACGAUCAGGACAAAUGGCAAUGGAGGAGGGGUGCAGACGCCGGUUAGCGAGAGGGCGCCGACUCCUUUGGGCACUUAUGAGGCUUGA